CUCUUUCUAAAGGGUCGUCUUCCUUAGCUCCCAUCAUGAUCACUGACCAAUCAUAUGAUGUAGUAAUAAUAGGAGGUGGAGUGGUCGGCUGUGCCACACUUUUCCACUUGACAAACAAUGGAUACAACUGUCUUAUGCUAGAGAAGAACAAACAUCUUGUAUCAGAAGCAAGUGCUGGAAAUAGUGGAAUGCUUCAUACAGGUUUUGACGCACCUCUUGGAAGUUUAGAGCUGCACUGCAUUCAACAAUGUCAACUUCUUAUAUUUGAUAUACUUAACAGACUAGAUCUACCAUACAAUCGCCUUGGGGCCACAAUGGUAGCGUGGGAUUCAGUUCAAAUGUUGAAACUACCAAUAAUAAUUCAACAUUCAAUGGUAGCUAACGUUUCUCAAGUUAAUCAACUCAGUUUAUCGCAACUUUAUCAGAGAGAACCAAAUUUGUCGCGAAAUGCUGCUGGUGCAAUACAUAUUCCAGGAGAAACCAUAGUCGACCCUUGGUUAACACCUAUAGUAAUGGCCGAGCAUGCACGUAUAAGAGGUGCAAAGAUAUAUACAAGUACAUUGGUCAACAAUGUUGAAUUUAAUGAUAGUAAUAGGACAUGGAAUGUUUAUACGAACAAAGGAAACGUUGGAAGUAAAACAGUUAUAAAUUGUUCGGGUCUGUAUGGCGAUAUUGUUGAAAAGAUUGCCGGAUAUUCAUCUUUCAAAAUCAAACCAAGAAAAGGACAAUAUUUGAUAUUUAGCAAAACUGCUAAAGAUGUCAUAUCUUCAAGCAUACUUCCUGUUCCGACAGAAAUAACAAAAGGUGUAAUAGUAUUCAAAUCUGUAUAUGACAAUGUAAUUAUUGGACCAACUGCAGAGGAAACUGAAGACCGACAUGCUUCUCCUACGAUUGAUUCGAGCAUAACUACAAGACUACGGAAUUAUGGGAAGAAAACAGUACCAUCGUUGUCGAAGCAUGAUAUUGUACAUAUGUACACGGGAGUACGACCAGCAACUGAAAACAAAGACUACCAAAUUAUUGCAAGACUGGACAGAAACUGGUUGACAGUUGGUGGUAUCCGAUCAACAGGACUAAGUGGAUGUAUUGGUAUCGCAGACCAUAUAUUAUCUCAGGUUAAAGAUAAAUUUGGAAUUGAACCAUCUAAAUCCUGUUGGGAAACUAUUCAUAAAGUUAACUUUAAUUUUUCUAAAAAUGGAACAGCCAUGUUUCCACAUGGUAUUGAACAUUUAAUAACACACCCUCUUACGUUUACUGGAGUAACCAGGCAGACGAUUUCACAAUCAAACUUAUAAAUUGGGCUUGAUAUAUUUACCUGUUAAUGUGUAUGACGUCAAAUCCAUUUUUGUUGCAGUAAGUUCUUACAUUAAAAAAUAACUAUGUAUAUACGAUGGUUAGAAUGUGAUACCUCACAAUUAUUACUUGCUAAAUUUUCGUAACAAUAACAUUGUUCAGGAUCAACUUUUUCAUUUUUUCACAUCAACAGUAGCUAAAAAUUAUCCGAUAUGACAAAUGGGGAUAAACAUGUAGAUUUCUUUUUAACGCUAAAUGUACCAAAAUGAGGACGUUUGACAGUUGAUGAAAUAAGCUUUUCUGACUCUUAUCAGCUCAGCAGUUAUUGCGGUACUGAUUGAUUCAUAACAUAUAUAUUUCCGAAAUGCCACAUUUAUAAAUAAAAAAAUAUUAAGAUUCCAUCUCCCUCAGAAAAAAAAGAUUGACUGAAUUUUGCAAUUUUUUAAGUCCUUUUUGGUCACAUAGCUCCUGUAGUGUCUAAAUAUUCAAACAACACUGGCUUUUGAAUUUUCAUUCACUCACAUGUAUAAUGAUUAGCAUUUAUAGAACAUGAAUUUAUUUACAAGCAUAUUUAAAUUUGGAAAGUGAACAGUUCAAUUGAUUUGUUUACAUGUUUAUUUUAUUUGAGUCCUUUGUGGAUAUAUUAAUUUUUGGAUUAGUUUUGAUUUCAGAAAAUAAACUUUGAUUAUUGAG